CCAGUAAAUCCUCCCCGGCCAGGAUACGAACCAAUGACAAAGCGCUCGCGGAACGCCAGACGAGUGUCUUACCACUACACCACGUAUGCAAACUCAUGUUAUAAACCAAAUUGUUUUAGACCAUAUAACUUAAUUCAAGCAUACGGUUUUUAAUUAAAACAUUGUAUUUUUCCUACUACAAGUGAACAAAUCCACAAGGGCCGUGAUGAGGAUUCGAACUUACGCACGGGAUGAUGCCAGACGCUGCCUUAGUUGACUGCGUCACGACAUGGUCAAAAGAAUUAUGUUCCCACUACAAGUGUUUCGAUGGACGCUGUUGACGCAGCCGCUGGCACCACAAGCUCAACCCUCCAAUGUUCCCAAACAUGGACCUCUCCCACUAUCAUGUGGUCAGCCUGGACAGAGGAUCCAGUACCUCAGAGCAGCACUGGACGCCAAAUACACGGCCGGUGGUAUGUGAUAGAGAUGAGGAUCCACACCCGCCUGCAGCCAAUCAAGGCAAAACUCUCCCAGUGGUGUUAUAAUGUCGACCUUAGUGAAGAUUCCUUGAAGAAUUGGUACCCAAACUUAGUGCUGGGGACUACACUACAAAGCACAAACAAGGGCAACUUCUCUUAUCUGGCAUUGAAGAACGUGUCACACAAAGCUCCUAGAGAAAGUUUUCUUAGACUUCUUCAAGACUUGCAGACAGAGUUCAAGGUAGAAAUUACCACUGGUUGGUUAAGAUGGCUGACGGGAGAGAACGAAGACUUGCAGUUCAACUUGACCAAGACGAGACUGGCAGUACUGCUCCUUGGAGAAGGUAACGACCAAAUUAGGUCCUCAGUAAGACCCACUAAGAUACCAUGGGCAGAGACCUCAGAAACUAUAUUUUUAAAUGUUUCUCUAGCCUUGACAGAAGAUGAAUUGUUGCUAUGCAGCAUUGAGGACGAAGUGGUAGCACGCCCAGCACCUCAACAGAUCUGUUCUACACGAUCAGAACACGUUAACCAAUCAGUAGAUCAAAUGGACGGUGAACAUGAGCAGAAGAAUGUCAUCAAGACAGAACCACCUGAUCAUGACACAGAACAUGAUGAGCCUUUCUCACUAUCACCCGACCUCUUCCAGUCUUACGACCAACGCUCUUCGGCCAAUGGUGCCUCAUCGUCUGCCACAGACUACCAGAGAGUUAAUGACACCACUUCCACGCCCCAAACAUUCUCUGCCCAAACUGUCAAGAAAGAGGCCUCACCUGACACAUUGUGGUUAUUGUCGACACAAGAUAUCAUUCCCUGGAAACAGGAGAACGAAAUUCAUGGCCGGUGGUAUAUAUUCCAACUGAUGCUGCUCGACCCACUGGAGAGGAUCGUAGCAGAGCUCUCCCAGUGGUCCACAAGUAUCGACAUAAGUACAGAAUUCUUAAGAAACUGGAGCCCAAAGUUAACGCUUGGAAUCACAGAGGAGAGCUCGAGCCAAAACCACAACUAUUACUUAAUCCUGAAGAACGUGUCAAGUAAGGACAUCAGAAGAAGUCUUCUCCACCUCCUUGAAGAUCUCAAGCAUCAGCACAGGAUAAGUGUGAGCACUGGCUGGGUAAGAUGGCUCACAGGACCCAAAAAUGACUGCCAACUAGACAUGUGUAUUUCAAGUAUCAAACUUCUCCUGCUGGGUAGCGCCAAGGAGCAGACUGCAGGCUCCGUCUUGACUUGUAUACCGUGGCUGGAGAAGCAAACGGUCUUAGUGUUCGACAUACUGCUAUCUAAUACAGCUCUUGAAGAACACGUACACGUGUUACCAUUGCAAGAGAGCAACAGUGUUAGGUCAGCGGUGAUUCGUACACCCCCUGCAUCACAAGGUACACAGCCAAUCACUACGGCAGACAGAUCUACCAAGUCUGCGCGGGCAGAGAUGAUCGAAACUGAAAAAGAGAAUCUGCGUCUGCAUACGCAGGUUAAAGAACACAUUCGCGAUGCUUCUGCACUGAUCAAGAUAAGGUGUCAGUGUCGCAGACUCGUGGCAGAUAAGGCCAAAUUCUGCAGCGAUUGUGGUCGAGGUUUGUACGUCAGGUGCUGGUCGUGCAGCGAGGAACUACCGUGGAAUUAUAGGCACUGCAACAUGUGUGGUGUGCUACUAAACGAGGAGUUACUGCUGGACACCCCGCCAGCCUCAGGCAGCCCAGCCAGACUCAGCCAGUCCAGCCAGUCCAGCCAGCCCAGCCAGCCCAGCCAGCCACAGCCAGCUACAGCCAGUGGUGGCUCCAUUAACAACGACACCUUUCUCACCCCACACACCUCAACCCCAAGCCUCCCGGCCAGUGUCCAAGCUUCCACAUCCUCACAAAAUGAUGUCCAGACAUCGCAGUUCAGUCAAAACACGGCCCGAAAUCCACAGCACAGGCAAUAUGGUGCCCGUAUGUCACAUCUCAGUCAACAUAACACUCAAAUAUCACAGCAGAGUCAAUGUCACUCCCAAACGUCACGAGCCAUGCGAAUUAAUACCCACAGGAACAGGCAAUUUCCUUACCGAACGUCACAACCCAGGCAAAAUUCUGUCGAAAGGCAAUUUGGUGGCCGUGCGACACAGCCUAGCCAAAAUAAUCCACAAAUAUCAACCUCAACCCUCGGGGCCAGUGUCCAAGCCCUGGACACAUCCUCUCAAAAUUUUGUCCAAACAUCGCAGUUCAGUCAAAAUAAAACUCUACGACCACAGUACAGUCAACUUCGUACCCAUAUGCCACAACCCGGCCAAAAUAAUGCCCAACUUUCACAGCAAAGUCAGUUUCGUUCCCAAACGUUACGACCCAUGCAAAAUGAUACCCAAAGGGACAGUCAAUUACGCUCCCAAACGUUACAACCUGGCCAAAAUAAUGCCCAAAUAUCACAGCAAAGUCAGUCUCGAUCCCAAAUGUUACAACCUGGCCAAAAUAAUGCCCAAAUAUCACAGCAAAGUCAGUCUCGUUCCCAAAUUGUACAACCUAGCCAAAAGUGUACCAACUGGGAAAAGAGUAACCAAUAUCGUGCCCGAAUCUCUGGGACUGGUCAAGCUAACUUGCAAAUCUCUCAGCGCAAGCAAGUCAUGUGGUCUCCAGCCUACGAGGCAAAGGUUUUAAGAGACCUACAACAGCAUCACUAUACAGAAACCGGGAUACAUGUUGCUUUCACUGUGAUCUCAAGGAAUCCACUGACUGUGCAAUGUAGUGUUUGCAAUGUCACAGUUAACACUGGAAGCGUCGAGCAACUGGUCCCAAAUUUAGGUCAUCAUCUCUCUGACGAUAUUCACAACUUCCACUUAAGUAUGUUGGAAGGUGAGGAUCCAGUGAACGCCAUAUUUGCCUGGAUUGCUGGCAUCUACAAAAAUAUUUUUUUGCCGAAGAGGACUUUAGCCGUGUGUCGUUGCGACAAGGUAGAGAUUAGCCUACUGCCCACUGACAACCCCUACCAUACUAUACACGCCCAUAUGAAUAGCACCAAGCAUAAACAUGCAAGUGAAAGAUUCGUUGACAGUGAAGAUAUCACAAUAUAUGGCAAGAUUAGAAAGAUUAAAUGAAAGGAGCUACCACCCCAAACACACUUUGAAGUAGAGCAAUUGGUUAUAUGCUCAUUUACGGGCUCACCAUAGCCCGUCCUACUUGGAACUUUGUUCCAGGUAGCGAAUCUUAAACAACAUAUACUCAUUGAAUUUCUAGUUGACGAAUUAAGACACUUCAGACUUUCAACUGUUGUAUACAAUUGUAUAAAACUUUUGUUCUUUCGUGUUGACGAAAGAACUAUUCACUAUUAUAACUCACAGGUACUUAAGGAAAUUCCUGUUUCAAUUCUUCCUUCUCUCUUAACGCUUCCAAAGCUUUACGAUAGAUAACAACAGCUCUACCCAGCUCUCCCUGUCCACUGCCUUACCCAUUGUUUGAUUGACUUCCAUCCCUAUUACUAUCCCUAUUAUUCUCCCUAUUACUUCCCUUAUGCGUAAUUACUUCCCUUGACCCUACACAACUUCAUCUCUUCCGUAUGUGUAUUUGAGAUAAAUUUGCACUGUGUGUAUUCAUUCACUAGCUGAAGGUGUUCAAGAUUGGAUCGAAACGUUCUAGAAAAUAUACACUUCAAUAA